AUGACCGCUGAUACUUGGCCUGACGGCACAUGGAACAAAGCGGAUGAGCAUUGCCGUGCCAAGGGAAAGCAGCUCUGCGACUACAAAAAGGUGUGCCCGAAGGGGCGAUCUCAUGCACCAGCGAUCCCAGGGGGCCAAAAGAAGUACGAGAUGUGGACUCCUGUUCGAAACGCAGAAGAUUCCAACAAUCCAGUGGAGUGGGUGCAGGUUGGAACGAGGGAGAAGGGCGACCUUUGCUGCCUCAUCUCCAGUGACUGCCAUGGGCAAGUGAAGAACUUCCAAGGCUGGGGAAAGGUGAAGAGCUUCAACGGCUUCAUCUACUGCUCUCUGGACAAAGUCAUCCACAGAUUUUAUGUUUUUUCCUUCCAGAAGGAAGAUCUCCACCUGGGUGGGCUUCCUCUUGAGGCGGCCCUGCUUUGCGACUCGAAGGGCAUGCAGCUGGCGGAUUGGGCGGAGCUGUGCCCCAAAGGCAAGGGUAAGAACUCUGUCGUGCCACAGUUGGGCCACUUUGCUGCAGUGCGAAGACCAAAAUCUCCCAAGCCUGAAUGGUGUCCUGACCUGGACCUGGAGUUCCACAAGCUCCUCUCGGAGGUUUCUGCAAAUUCAUUGGAGUUAGGAAAGGACAUGUGGACGCCGGUGGUGAAUUCGGGUGAUGUCAACAACAGCAUCCAAUGGGUGCAGGUGGGUCUUCGCUUGGAGGGCGACAUUUGCAAGCUGAUCAGCGACGUCCCAGGGCACACAGAGAACUUCAAGGGCUGGGGUGAGCUGAGGCCUUACACCGUGCUGGAGACUGAGAUGAUUGGGAGCGUGGAAGUUGCUUCUGUGGAGUUCUAUGAGGACGGUGCCAAGGCGGAAGUCAAAGCCAGGGCAGACCAAGUCUGCAUGGGGGGCCAGCACAGCCGUCGCAGCCGGCACAGCACCAUCCUCAGGCGACUCUGCCUUUUGGUGUCGGCAGCUAGCUCGACACCCUGCUGCGAGGAGAUGGGCAGCCUUGUCCACUGCGCCAAUGCGACAUCUCCUCCACUGGCGCCAGGAGCAGCAAGCUCGAGCAAGACGAGAGUCUUGGUGAUGCAGUUGGCAACCAGCAAUUUGUGGGAUUCCUUCUGCCAGUACACCGCAGUAGUAAAUGCACGGUGGGCAAAGCGCUUGGACCACAGGUACGUCCUCACGGCCGGUGAAUACCUUCGCAGCUCCGAUCUGUGGCGCGGUGGCAACGUCCGGGCGGUGUUGGAGGUCAUGAAGGAAGCGAGCGAGGAGGUGGACUGGAUUUUUCACCUUGACUGUGAUGCUGCUUUGGUGGAUUUCUCCGGAGAGGAUGCUUUGCUGGAGACCAUCCAACGCUAUGGUGAGAAGGUCGAGGUGAUUUUGAGCCGCGAUGAGUCGGGCUUCGCUGGCACGUCCAGGUUGAGCAACAUGGGAACCGGUCUGUGGCGCCGGAGCCAGUGGACCUUGAGGCUGUUGGAGACCUGGUGGCAGGCGCUUGAUCAAGACUCGAGCCGGAAUGAGCAAGAGGUCUUGGAAGACCUACUCACGACCAAUGCUCAUGGAUGCCUUGACCGGCUCAUUCUGCUUCCUGCAGGCUUUCUCAACAGUGAGUCUAGCAAUCCCAUUGCUGCGCCUGCGUCAAGGCAGCCAGUGGUUCACUUGGCAGGGAUGCCACAUGGAGUGCGCACUGCGGUCUUUAAAAGCCUCUGGGCUGAGCAGUGCGAGCCCAAAGGAGAGACAGAGAGCGAUCCCUGGCGGAUGCGCCGAGUGCUGGUGAAGUCUUUGGCAGACUUUGCCUUGUCCUUGCCAGAUGUUCCCGUGGAACAUCAGGACGGUGGGAACUGCCGACAGACCGAGUCUUAA